GUUGCGCGGCAACAGAAGACACGACGGAGGUGGUUACUUCGCGGACGACGUUUUCUCGUAAUUUACAUAAUAAUAAUGUAAAAAAAAUAAUAAUAUUGUUCUCCCUUCCAACGUGAAUUAAUUAGGGGUUGGGAAGACGAGGUUUCAUGCAUAGGACACACAAAAGCGCGAUAUUCGUGAUUCCGAGCGCAAAGAUUUCUCGCCAAGUCCGUCGUCGGCGUAUAAAUUAAAACUGAUUAGUAUAAUAAUACGAUGCACGAUACGUAUCAGCUGCGAAGACGUAUAUAUCGAGCGAGGUCACGGCGCACAAACGACAAUCGAGCGCUUGCGGGCGUUCAUUAGAAAGCAAACCGAGCGAUUUUCUGCGCGUGGGAUCUUCUUCGUCGAAUUGAAUUCCCGCCUAUGUGACGAUUACGGUUAUUAUCACUGCGAGAAUAAAUUAAAUUUUAAAGAGAGCGACGACGACGCGGGCGACCCGACCUAAUCGAUCGCUGCGCGACUCCGGAGACGCGAAAUAAAAAAAGGGAGAAUCCAAGGAAAACCAGCUGUGUUCACUCUCCAAACUACUUUCCGUACAGAUAUUUGACAGUCAAACUGUGCGUUUAAAAAAGUCUGAUCGCGCCACAUCGUUCCCGUUUCUGUCGCGAAGGCGCGAACAUUACUGCACAGCGGGGCUGUGUGUGCGGGCCUGAAUGCGGAGCAGUGCGACUCGCGCUAUAUGCCUUUCGAUGCGGCGUGCGAGACCCGAGUGAACGUGGUGUUUUCUCGAUUUGAUUUUCGGACGUGACGAAAUUCGACGGUCGUGCUCGCGCGGCGUUGCGAAGUGCCUUUUCCCUGUCCAACGACGUUGUAUCGCAGAAAAUGUUUCAGAAAGACGGGAUAAGAUUGAGACAACACCUGGCGAGAAGAAGAUCGACCGAGUUGCCGUUCAAAAAUGAGGCCGUUUCGGAGAAGCACGUUCCACUGCCAAACGAGAAGCAACAUCUUUACUUCGUUCUCGUGUUCUUUCUCUUCGUGUCGCUCAUAAUAAUCGUAAUGGAAAAAAAUUUACCCGAACCGAUAACAAUCGUUAACGAGGGCUCGCAUCCCGGUAAAUUUGUGGCCGAACGGGCUCGCAAUCACAUUGUGAAUCUAACGUCGAUCGGGCCUCGUAUAGCCGGGAGCUACGAGAACGAAGUUCUGGCCGUGAAAUUUUUCACGACCGCGAUCGAUGACAUCGUGAAAACGGCUCACGAGAAUCACAGAAUUGUUCGUAACGUAACCAGACAUAGCGGCGCGUUUCCGCUCAAGUUUCUCGACGGUAUGACCAACGUUUACAGAAACGUGCAGAAUGUUAUUGUCAAGGUUGGACCCCACAGACCCACGAUGCACAGUUUGCUGCUCAAUUGUCACUUCGACACAUUUUUAGAAAGUCCAGGUGGCUCGGACGACGGUGCUGGUUGUGCUGUAAUGCUUGAAAUUUUGCGAAUUAUCACCAGAAGUUCAAAAAUGUUGAAGCACAGCAUCGUAUUCUUGUUUAACGGAGCGGAAGAAAAUAUAUUGCAGGCGUCACACGGUUUUAUAACGCAACAUCCAUGGGCGAAGGAAGUUCGAACGUUUAUAAAUUUAGAGGCUUGUGGCGCGGGCGGUCGCGAAUUACUGUUUCAAGCCGGUCCGCAUAGUCCUUGGAUCCUCGAGGUCUACGCAAAAUCCGUGCCGUAUCCUUACGCGUCGUCACUGGCGCAGGAGAUAUUCGAGAGCGGCAUUGUGCCCGGCGACACGGAUUUUCGAAUAUUUCGAGAUUUCGGAAAAGUUUCCGGCCUUGACUUUGCCUGGUCAAAGAACGGGUACGUGUAUCACACUAAGUUCGAUAACGUUGAUCAGAUACCGUUGGGAGCGUUACAAAGAACCGGCGACAACAUUCUUGCUCUGACGCAAGGAAUAGUGUUCGAGGAUUACUUGUCGGACGCGAGCAUGCAAGACGCUCAGGGUAGUCUCGUGUUCUUCGACUUUCUGGGCGCGUUUGUCAUUAGGUGGCCGCAGUACAUCGCCAGUACAGUUAAUAUCGCCAGUAUAAUCAUAGCUGGGUACUCUAUUCAUUUGAAUAUGCAGAGUGCACGUAGAAAUCUUAAGAAAGCGAUGUAUAUGAAGUACAUGACGAUGUGCGUCGGAGUGAUCGUUCUGUCUUGGUUGGCGUCCAUGUUUUUCUGCUCGUUGAUCGCUCUGUUCCUGACGAAGGUGGGAAAAGUGAUGAGCUGGUACGCGAGACCGGCGUGGCUAUUCUUCCUGUACGUUUGCCCGACCGUUUUCGUGUCGAUGACCGUGUUUCUGCUGAUCGGAUCGAGACAAAGAAAGGAAGUUAACUCCGCGUGGAUUGUUUAUCAGUUGUACUGCGACGCGUACGCUCUGAUAUGGAUGUCGAUUCUUUUCGUGUGCGUCUUGUUCGAGAUACGAUCGGGAUUCAUACCGCUCCACUGGGUCUUGUUCCCGGCAGUCGGGAAUAUCGUGCGACACAAUUUCUUCAACAAAUGGAGAGAUUGGAAAUGGCUUUGUUAUCACUUGGGAACAUUGAGUUUGUCUUACAUACAGUCACUUUAUUUGGCACUCGGUGCUCUCUAUCUCUUCAUUCCGAUAAUGGGACGAUCCGGUGGCAGUAUUAAUUCCGAAAUCGUGAUGGCUAACAUGUUGUCGAUAUUGUUUUCCAACUUACUUAGCUUUACGCUGCCGAUAGUGCUUCUAGUAAAGAAUGCAGAACAAGUUUUAGUUCGCAUAGCUGGAAUUUUCUUUUUUGCUAUGACUGUGGUAAUUUUCACACCGCUUGGAUUUCCUUAUAGCGGCGAUCCACUGUCGCCCGCUCCACAACGAUUCAUGAUCGCGCAUAGUCAACGCCAGUAUUAUAACUUGGACGGUAGCGUUAGGUAUUCCGGCACGGGAUAUUGGCUGGUGGAUUUAGAUAUGAAUAGUCCUCACAGCAUAAAGUCAACAGUACCUGAAGUGGCCGCCGCGACGCCAACAGUCAAGGAUUGCGAGAGAGAAUUGUAUUGCGGCUUCCCAUAUUUGAUGCCGGUCACGACCUUCUUGUGGAAAACGAGUUGGAUACCCGGACCCGCUCCGCUCAUACGUGUUCCCACAAAUCUCGAACUCAUUUCGAGGACUGCGAAGCAGCAUAUUGUCACGUUCACCUUUAACGUUACCGGGCCCGACCACAUAGCUAUAAUUUUGUCCCCGUACAAAGAUGUUCGUUUAGAAAAGUGGUCCAUACUGGACGAGAAACCGCUGCAAGGUCCAGUGUGGAACAACCGAGAGACUUACUUUAUUUAUUAUGCAUGUGCCUCAGAUUGUGUGCCAUAUACAUUUUCUAUCAUGUUGAACGUGUCUGCGGUGCAGAAAGGACCAUAUUUAACCAUAGCGUUAGCCGGGCAUUUCAUGCACGGCGAGCACCAACGAUCUCUGAGAUUCAAGAACUUUUUGGCGCAGUUUCCGCCUUGGACCGUUGUCACACCCUGGACAGCGACUUACACGUCCUGGGAGUUUUAACGAGAACAAAAAAAAAAAAAAAGUAAGAUCGCGUAAGGAGCGGUAAUUUGAAUUACGAAGCAAUAUAUCCGUUCUCUGCGGCAGCGAGUCAACAGAGCAGCCUAACAAAACGGUUCUAUGUUUUCGAUAAAGAACGAAGAAAGAACAGACACCAUUGUUGCCGUAGCAAUACAAAUGUCGCUUGAAUACUUAGACGUAACGUUCAAUAUUUCUCUAGAAUAAUUCUUGUCUCCAAAAAACAAAAUUUAUCGAGAACCGUUAUAAUAUAAACGUUAUAAUAGGAAACAAAAAAAAAACAAACAAACAAACAAAAGGAUUUGUAAAGGAUGAAACGUUCUCUGAAGAAGUUCUCUGAAUUUAUAUGAAUUUUUUACUAGUACGUGGUACUAUAUUUUAACAAUGACACAUGUCGGAGACGUUGUUUUAAAUUUAAAAAGAAAUAAUAUCCAAAUAUAUAUUCCAGAGAGAUAUCUUAUCUAAUAAUGGUAGGAAAAAAUCAGAGAUAACAAGAUUGAGAAUAUUUGCCCAAACGCUUUCAGCAGUGAUAAACCACGUUUAUUCGUGAUCCACGUUUUAUUUAUAGAAACGUACGCGUACGGUAAUAUCGCAUAUCACAAGCACUCAACGACAUUAUUUCACGCCAUUUUAUCCUUCGAUUUCAUAAUCUUUGCGAGGAGCAAAAAAUAUACUUGUAAAAGAAUUCCCUUAUCUAGGAAUCAAAUUUAUAUAUAUAUAUAUAUAUAUACAUAUAUAUACAUAUAUAUGUAUACACACACCAUAGAAACACUGUGAUUGCAUAAUGCGCGCUCUCUUAGUAUACCUUGACUGCAAAGUUCCGAUAUUCAUCGCCGGUAUACUGCAAAAAAAUCUUGGAUUUGUGUCGUAGAUUCGUCACACUGGGCAUUGAGUAUCGGAAAACGGCAGCUUUAUCGACAGAAUUGAAGUCGCGAGUUUUGUCACUUCGCGCACGAUUAAACGUAACGUAAUAGAAAUCCAUGAAUUUAAGUAUAUUGACCGUGCAAGUUUCAGAUGAGUUUUGACACUUGAGAGUAGACGGUUUUCUGCUUGAAUAUCAUAGAUUAACGUUCGCGCGACCAGAUUUGAAGAUUUAAGCAGAUUCAGUUUACAAUGAACCGGUAUUUCUCGGGCGCGAAGUAGUACAGUUCGUCGCUAUUAAUAUUAUUGUCAUUAUCCACGAAAAAUCUCUCGUAAAAUACAAAAUACGAGACAAUAUGAAUAUGAUGAAAAAGCACGUGAGUAGCGGUCUUUACGCGUCAUAAUAUGGUCAGGAUUUAUAGACAUACAAAAAAGAAUUACUCGAGGUACAAGCUAAUCAAAUACGCAAGAAGUUUUCUAUUUUGAAUAGAGAGUUAAUAGACAGAAAGAGAAAAAGAGAAAUAGAAAAAGCGUAGGAAAUAAAAUUUUCGAUAUAGAAAAAUAUACAGAGAAUAUACACUUAAUUAUACGUUUUCUUAUAGACGAGUAGAUCCGAGAAGAUUGUACUCAUUGUGCGAUUUAUAUAGCGACUCGAAUUUAUCGACAUCCUUGUAGGAGAGCUUACUCUCUACUGUUCGUGUUCUUCGUAAUAUCAAUUAAAACUUACGAACCAUUCCCCCUUUUUCCUAGGUCUAAGUAGAAAAAUUCACAAUUUUUAAUAGCAUAUCAAAACAAGUCAGGACGCUAAUACACACGUCCUGAUCUCUAAUCGAACGACUUGAUUUAUCUUAAGCUCCUCGACGUUCGAGCGCGAGAUAAAAAUGUUGCAAUUUACGUAAGAGAUUUUCGAUACGUAAAUUGAUAUUUCCCGUGGACAAACCACGUCCACAGUCGCUAUCCAGAAGCUUUAAAAAAACGUUUUUCGCGCAUUUCGAUGCUGAUUCCUUGUUUGUUUCGUGGCCAUACUAAUAAGCGAGUUUCUACUAGUGUUUUAUUAUUUUAUACAAUCCGCUCACAUGACAAUGAUAAGAAUUAAUCGACGAUUAAUAAGUAUCGCAUUAAUUAUUUGAUAAAUAGAAAAAUCAAAUGAUUUUAUCUUAGAGCAGGAUAUCUUGUGUAUUUCUACUUAUAUAACCAGUUUUAAAACGUCACUAGAAUUUAUAUGUAACAUAUUUUAUAUUUACAUUUUUCAAUACGUAUAUUUCUCGAACUUCACUUCUCGAAAACGCUUUUACGCCUAAACAAUUGCAAGUUUACACUUCGUGUGACUUGUCAAAAAUUGUUCACUCUUCACAGUGCUAAACAAACUAUAACGUAUAUAGGAUUUUGAUUCUAUUGCAAAUUCUACUCACUGCGAAAUCUUCUGCGAGCAUAUAAAAAAACCAAAAAAAAACACUUCUCUAUGAAUUACAUUAGUGAUAAAUAGUACAACGUAUAUAUUUCAUUAUAUAUAUAUAAAAAAAAAAAAUUUAAUAGUUUUAUAAAUAUAAGAAUAUCGAUAUAUCUAGAGAGGUGAGACACACAAGUAGUAAAAUUAUUCGAAAAACAAAAAAUUACAAACAUUUUUGAUAAAAAAAAAAACAAACAAACGUGGCCAGAACGUUUAUGUGUAAUAUAUUUUUAUAUGCGCAAGUUGUUUCUCUUAUACUGUUUGUUACAUAUACUUUACGUUGUUAGUUAAAUGUCGUUAACAUUUUUUAUAUUAACGUUAAUCAUUCUCAUGUGUUGAAUGAUAAAGUUAUUGUGUUUAGAGUCUCGUUUAUAUAAUUUGUUCUCUCGCAAUUUGUUAUGUCAGCGAAAUGACAACGUGUUUUUAAGUGCACAAAUCAAAUCGACAUAUCCUAAACAAUAUUUAUAUUCGUAAUUCUACUUAAUUGUCGUGCACAAAAUUAAGAACAAUAAUUAUCUUAUAAGUGUUACUAGUUACGUACGCUUUGGAAGCAAUUGUUUGUUAUAUUCUUUUUUUUUUUGUUGCAAUUGCACGUUAUAUUUAUAAAACAAAAAUUAAUAUUCCUGCGUUUCUGUGAUUCCUCGAAGCAAUCGUUACGCUACAAUCACUACACGGAUGUGGAUGAGAGAUAAGAGAAUUCGUUGAAAGAUGUACAGCGCGCUAUCAACAGGGUUUUUUUAUUUUAUUUUAGAUGUAAAAUGAAAUUUUUUUCGCACUUAUUUGUUCGUUCUGACGAUCUUGUUUAACUUUGAAUUCUUAGACUGACGAGUGCAAGUGUUUCCGUGCGACGCGGUAAAAAAAACUGUUUUUCCGCGUGCUACUCAGAAAAAAUUGUAAACAAUUGUACUUCAAUAGCUUCGUUUUACGCCAAAUAAAUAAAUAUUAUGUAUAUACA